AUGGCGCAAUUCGGUGCAGCAACGACUGGACGAGAGGUUGUGGCAGCAUUUCCAGAACGUGUCAAAGACAAAACGUUUCUUAUCACAGGUCCUUCUCCCAAUGGCAUUGGUUCAGCAACUGCCUACGCCUUAGCAACCGAGUCUCCCCGAACUCUCAUCCUUCUCGCCCGCUCCAAAUCGAAAUACCAAUCUGUCAUUGACAAAAUUCGCGAAAUUAAUCCCGAAGUCAAUGUCAAGUUUGUCGAAAUAGACCUCACAUGUAUGGCAAGCGUCCGCAGAGCUGCUGAGGCCAUACUUGCCGAUAGAGACAUCACUACAAUCGAGGUGCUGUUCAACAAUGCUGGUGUCAUCACCAACGAUCUCCAGCGCACAGUCGUUAACAUUUCGAGCCUCGGACAUAAAUACUACGAGCCAACGUUCCAAGAUCCUCAUUUCAAUAAUAUAGAUACUGAGACCUACAACCCCGCCGAGGAAUAUGCUCAAUCCAAAGGAGCGCAGAUCCUCUUCUCCGUCGCACUUAACCAGCGGUAUGCGCAAAAGGGACUUCGAUCGUUUGCUGUGCACCCGGGUAACAUGGACAGUGGAAUGUACAACCACAUGAAGCCAGAGGUAUUGAUGGAUAUGGCACAGAGAAUCACGGGAAGGAGUCUUGAAGACGCAAAUGAGGCGCUUACCAAGACGUCUGAAGGAGGCUGUGCCACUGGCCUCACCGCUGCGUUGGUACCAGAGUUACCUGAUGGUGUUUUCAUGAAUGACUGUCAGAUUACUAAAGAUCCUGAGUUUGUUACGGCUUGGGAACAGGAUGCUGGGAAAGCAGAGGUCUAUUGGAGAGUCAGUGGAGAGGCGGUUGGGCAGAAUUUUGCCAUGAACCUGGCAUGA